GGGCUUCUUAUCGUUCGGGUCAUUCAGACAACAUCCAACUAUAAAUUCAUCCCUCCUCAACUCCUUCGAAUCUGCGAUCCGUUGCCAUAUGAUUUUUGAGGCUCUUUUGAAGGAAAAAAACUGGAUUAUGAGGUGUUAAAUCUUCAAGAGCAUCGCAUGUUUCAUCAUUCGAAGCUAUACGUUCGACGAUUGGUUCAUUCUGGCGUGUAUGAUUGAUGUGAAUCAAACAAAGAAGACUUGAUGUUUAUGCAUUCUACUCAAAGGAGGAAACGUGAUUAUUGUUUGGAUCGCCAGAGAAUCGGCGGCUUUUCGUUAUUCGUAUGAUAUAUGUCCAGUCAAAUAUGGAGCACAGUUUGCAGGUUACUCUGAACUACUUCUACCUUGCAAGCUAUAAGUUGAUUGUUUAGAACCAGUGUAAACUAAAGCAUACCAGAAUGGAUUUAGAACUUUUGAACCAUAUCAAUGUGGACUUAAAAUGGAACAUACUGAAAAAAGGUCGAAGGAGCAUGGCUAGACGCCCGAGGAAGACAGGGGCAGACACUUUUGAAUUGGGUAACAAAAAACAAGAUCCAACUGCUUUUGAAACAAAGAAGGUAGCUGACACUCCUUUGAAGAGAAGAAGACUUGUGCAUGAAUCCCCAUCUACACCUCCUCAAAUUUCAUGUCUCCAUGGCAAUGGGGUUCUUCCACCUGGACCUCAGACUCCUUGUGUCCAUUAUGAAGAUCCUAGUCAGCGGUAUCAUUCUUCACUAUCUCAGAACCUGAAAACAAAGUCCAGGACUCGAUUGAGAAACAGUAAUAAAUCAAAUCCCACAAAAAAAGUUGACUUUUCAGGUAUUGAGCUUCUUGCUGCUGCUGCAUGCAGUAGCUUCAUUCAAGAUAAUGCAGAUUAUGUUGAUGAUCAAAAAGUGUUGAAAGAAGACACAACACCAGGAGCUGAUUCGUGUGCUGUUGAUAUAAAAGAAACUUUGAUAUCAACGGAGUCAGAUGAGGCAGAGAAUAAGGUUGCAUUAAGGUUACAUUGGGACUUAAAUACUGUAAUGGAUGAGUGGGAGGAGCCUUGUGAUGGGUUGCUGGUUAAAUCUCAGCCUCAGGAAAAUUGUUCAGAAGAUGUAAAGAUGAAGUUAGAAGAAGGGUAUGAAAGUAGAUGCACCGAAGGUGUAUCUGUGAAUCAAUUGCCUUUAAUUGAAAGCUGUAACGAUGAUUCUUUUGAGAAAACACAUGAAUCGAUUGAAGAUUUGGGCAUAAAGACGAUUACCAGCAAGACAUCAGAUUGUGAAAGCUCUGUAAGUAAAUCAGAUACACAAGAAGAAACCAAUGUGAAGGGUUCAGAUUCAGAUUCAGAUCAGCAGCAGGCUGUUUGUGAAGAAGUAAUUAUUGAAGGUGGUUGUGAAUCCCCAAAAGUGUUGAAAAGUUAUUGUGAGAAGAAAGGUGGUUCAGAAGAUCCUUGUGGUUCAAAUUCAAAUGUUACUGAAGAUGAACAUGAGGUUGAGAUGGAGAAAGCUGAAGAAGUUGGUUAUGAUUCUCCAUUUGAAGAUGGGGAGUUGAGAGAGAGGGUGUAUUAUGAGUCUGAUAAUACAUACAAAGACAAAGACAAAGACAAGGAUGAGCUUGGGAGUAUUGAAAACCCUUUGUCAGAAGAAGUUGACCACAAUGGUGAAGGUGAAAGCUCAUUAUUGUUGGCUGACAGUGUGAGUGUGGAAGAAAGUAGGAAGAAUGUCGGUAGAAAUUAUAAUAGUAGUAAUUGUAGAUCAUGGUGGGAUACAAACAAGAGCAGUAGUCAUGAGCACAAUAGACCCAGAAAUGUUGGUAGAGAUUACUAUUCUUAUAGUCCAAGGGAUAGUGGUUAUAGGGCCCACAACAGAAGAAGACCAUCAUCAUCAUCAUCAUCAUCUGAAAGAAACAAUGGCGAUGAUAGUUACAAUCACAGGGCACCGAAUAGAUACAGAUUUCAUUCACGAGAAGAACAUCAUUAUCAUUAUCAUUAUAAUUAUUUAGAAAGAGAAAGAAAAGUAGGUUGCUAUUCAAGAUCCCGAUCAGGAUCUCCAAUCGCAUGGCAUUUUCAGAAGCCAAAGAAUUUGGAUGUUGUAACACAGAGACAGAGACAGAGACAGAGGAGCCUUGAAUUUGAUCAACCUCGACCUCAUUCUUCUUCUUCUUCCAGAUAUACAGACAAGAGACACUCAGAUGAUCAUCACAAUUACAAGGACAAGAAUGGUUAUACUUGUACCCGAAAGUAAUAACCAAUCACUUUGUUUACUUAUUUUAUUUUAUUUAUUUUUUUGGUUUUAAAUCUUCAUUUUCUCCUUUCACGAGAGGGGUAUUUAGGACAUUGUUUUUUUGUUGGGUCAAAUACCAUUCAUUGGUUUGGUUCUCUCUUUGGCCGUGUCCCCUCUUUUUUUUAGAUAAGAAAAGAAACUAGUUUUUCAAUGCAGAAAGAGCUACUUACAUUCAUGCUUACAUCAUCGAUUCUUUAAUAAGAACAUGGUAUUAUAACA